GCUAGACCUAGACGUAGCUGAGUUUAUUUGCAGAAAAUUUCACUUAUUGAUGGAUUCCAAAAAGUCUAACAAGAUCAGGGAGAUAGUCAGGCUUCAACAGAUCCUCAAGAAGUGGAAAAAGUUAGCAAAUGCACCAAAGAACAGCAUCAACAACAAUAGCAGCAGCAGCAGCAGCAGCUCCUCCUCUCAUCCGACCACCAGCACCAGCGGUGGCGGUAGUAGAAGUAUCAAAUUCUUUAAGAGAACACUAUCUUUCACAGACGUUUCAGCAGGGUCAGGGUCAGGUGAGGUUGUCCCGAAAGGGUUCCUAGCUGUUUGCGUAGGAAAAGAGCUGAAGCGAUUCAUCAUACCAACAGAGUACUUGGGUCACCAAGCAUUUGGGAUUCUGCUAAGAAAAGCGGAAGAGGAGUUUGGGUUUCAACAGGAAGGUGUGUUAAAGAUCCCUUGUGAGGUUUCCACCUUUGAGAAGAUCUUGAAGAUGGUUGAACUUAAAAAAGAUGCUCUCUUCUUACAUGACUUCGGCUUCAAUGUUGACAAAGAAAUCGUUGGUUGCUACUCUCCAGAUUGUGCGCUCACACCUUCUCAUCAUCCUCAAAUGUGUAGAUGA